AUGACAGACAAGGAUGUCACUGGCUGGUGGGAAAUACAGAUGACAGUGUCCCAACAACUUGGAACACUGAGUCUGAAGCCUUCCCAUUCACCCUUCCUUUGGAAUACCUUGCUGUCCACCGUGAGCCGCCAGGCCGGCCACAGCCAACAAUCUUGCAGAUCUCCCAGUGGGGGCUUCAGCGGCUGCUCAGCUGUGGUGUCGGGCCAGAGCCGGGCCAUCUCCACCAGGGGCUUCUCAAUGUCCCGCUCAGGCAGGGGCAGUUGUGGGUCUGCAGCCUGUGCCAUAAUGGGAGGAGAUUUUGGCAGCAGGAGCCUCUACAACCCUGGGAGGAACGAGAAGGUCUCCAUCAGCGUGGCUGGAGGCAGCUCCUGGGCUGGAGAGUUUGGGGGCGCCAGUGGAGGAUGUUUAGAUGGCAGUGGUUUUGAAGGUGGUGGAAGAGGGAUGGGAGGGGGCUUUGGUGGAAGGGCUGGGGGCUUUGGAGGAGAUGGGGGUUUUGGUGGAGGAACUGGAAGCUUUGGAAGAGGCGCUGGAGGUUUUGGUGGAGCUGGUGGCUUUGGUGGGCCUGGUGGUCCAGGUGGUUUCCCUGGGGGAAUCCAGGAAGCGACUGUGAACCAGAGCCUCCUGUAGCCCCUCAAUGUGGAGAUCGACCCCCAGAUUGGGCAAGUAAAGGCCCAGGAGAAGGAGCAGAUCAAGACCCUCAACAAGUUUGCCUCCUUCAUCAACAAGGUGUGGUUCUUGGAGCAGCAGAACAAGGUCCUGGAGACCAAGUGGACCCUCCUUCAGGAGCAGGGCCCCAGUUCUAAUACCAACGACAACAACCUUGAGCCUUUUUUUGAGAACUACAUCAGUCGCCUCAAGGCCUUCCUGGAUGGGCUGCACACGGAGAAGGACAAGCUGGAGGGUGAGCUGAGGAGCAGGGAGGAGACGGUGGAAGACUUCAAGAAGAGGUAUGAAGAGGAGAUCAACAAGAGCACGGCUGCAGAGAAUGACUUCGUGGUCUUGAAGAAGGAUGUUGAUGUUACCUACAUGACCAAAGUGGAACUGGAGGCCAAGGUGGAGACUGUGACAGAUGAGAUCAACUUCCUGAAGGCCCUCUAUGAUGCCGAGCUGUCCCAGAUGCAGGCAGACACCAGUGACACGUCUGUGGUCCUGUCCAUGGACAACAACUGCUGCCUGAACCUGGACAACAUCACUGCUGAGGUCCGUGUACAGUAUGAGGCGAUUGCCCAGAGGAGUAAGGCAGAGGCCGAGGUGCUCUACCAGACCAAGUUGGGGGAGCUGCAGACCAUGACUGGCAGGCACGGAGAUGACCUGAAGAACACCAAGAGCGAGAUCUCUGAACUCAACACAAUGAUCCAGAAGCUGCGGGCCGAGAUCGAGAGUGCCAAGAAGCAGAAUGCCAACCUGCAGACGGCCAUCGCUGAUGCAGAGCAGGGCGGGGAGCUGGCCCUCAGGGACACCAAUGCCAAGCUCCAAGACCUCAAGGCUGCCCUGCAGCAGGCCAAGGAGGACCUGGCCAGGCUGCUCUGGGAGUACCAGGAGCUGAUGAAUGUCAAGCUGGCCCUGGACAUUGAGAUUGCCACCUACCGGACCCUCCUGGAGGGCGAGGAGUGCAGGAUGUCUGGUGAGUGCCAGAGUUCUGUUAGCAUCAAGAUGGUACACAACACCAGCAGCGGAGGUGACAGCGGCUGUGCCCAGGGAGGGGCCGCCCUGGAAGGCAGAACUGGGGCCCGCAGGGGCCUGGGCUCCGGAGGGGGCUCGGUGGUGCGCGGGGGCUUCUCUAUCGGGGGCUCAUGUGCCAUCAGUGGGGGUGGCAGCAACAGCUCCCACCAGGUCUCGCAAAGCUCCUCCCAGAGCUGGAGGUCCCACCACAAAUUCUGA